AUGGUGACCUUGACGUUCGUGGCCCUGUCCUACCAGAUCGUGUCACGUGACACACGCAAGUACUCUAGCCUUCCCAGGGAGCUGUUUCACUUCAGCAACAAUGAAGCCGGUCACAACUUUACUGAUACAGACAGACUUCCAGAGACAGAAAAACUUCCAGGCACAAACAGAUUUCACCAAGCACUGUAUAUUGCAGACAAGGGAGACAACCGUCGACACGAUGACCCGGGUAAAGGUCGUCCUAUGUUGCCCAGUGCACAGAAGUCUCUGCGAGACACCGCCUCCGUCCUCUCAUCGUCUCAUCCUUUAGUGGGUGCCGCAUCUACCACACCUCCAGCAGCAUCAAAAAUCAUCUCAGUGACAUCUGCAUUUCACAGACAGAAGUACCUCAUCUACCUCUGUGACAGGGAUGUCUAUUGUUACGGUCUAGGAGAUCGACAGAGAGGUUUGGUGGCCGUCUACUUGCUGGCUCUGGUCACCGGCAGACAGUUCGGCAUCAACAUGUCGCAUCCUUGGCCACUAGAGGACUUCUACAAGCCCAGCCAGGUUCAGUGGAGCAUCCCUGAGAGCCGGGUGCGGGGCAGAUCUACCACAACCAUCAAAUAUUUCAAGAACCAAGAAGGGGAACUGAAAACCAUCGACUUCAACAGCGUCUACCCGCAGGAAGUUGUCUACGUGAGGACAAACCUUGAGCUCUGGAGAAUGUUGAAGGAAAACCAAUUAUACAAGGGAAACUUCCCUGCCUGGGCCAGGGGCAGGAGACACAGUAUCUUCUAUAACGCUUGGGUACAGCUGGCCACUCCCACACACGAGCUCCGGUCUCAGCUCAACGAGCUGCUUGUAGGCGUGGCCCUGUCUGUGCUCAACACAUCAAGCAGUGACACCAACACUUAUAGCACUGGCGCAGCAAAUAGAACCUUAGCUCUGUCUGCGCUCAACACAUCGAGCACAAAUAGAAACUUAGCUCUGUCUGCGCUCAACACAUGGAGCAGUGUCAGCAACAGCUCCAGUACUGGCGCAGUAAAUAAAACUCUAGCCCCUCCACUGAAGCCUUCAAUGACUGUGGCAGAGAUCAGACAUCUGACUGGGUACGACCUGGCUAAGCUCAACCUCGUCUGUGUUCAUGUCCGCAUAGGCCACAGCGAGACUUUGCCGUUUGAGAAGAACCGACGCAACAAGAUGGAGUCGGUCCGAGCCGUCUGGGAUUUUCUGCUGCCUUAUGUCAACAAGGGUCACCAUGUUUAUGUCGCCUCGGACAGUAAUCAGGUCCGCAAGGAAGCUAAGAUCAUGUUUGGGGACCGGGUCCACAGCAUUGACGGCGCCGUGCUCCACCUGGGCACCGUCAUGAACAACCAGGACGCCAGGGAGGGCCUUAAGACUGCGCUGCUGGAACAGCUUCUACUGAUGACCUCCUGCCAGGUUCUGGUGGUUAGUCGCAGCGGCUUCAGCAUGUCUGCCGCCUACGUGCGCGCCAAACUCAUGGGCCAGAUCGACAACUACUUCUUCGAGAAAGGUAGCGUGUUUGGCUGGAAUUUGUGGUGA